AUGAAGUCGAUGCAGCCGCGCCACAACUUCUUACGGGAGACCACGGAGCCUCCCCAGUCGCCAAACCCUAGCUCCGGCAAGCCUAGGGUUUCGCGGAAGCAUAAAGCCUCCAAGGAGAACGCGCCUCCGCCUUCAGAUCUCAACUAUACGGCCUUGGAUUCCAAGCCUUCGCCGGCCGCCAAGUUGAAGAGUCCGCUGCCGCCUCGACCGCCGCCGUCGAAUCCUCUCAAACGGAAGCUCGAGAUGGUUCCGGAGAACUCCGUCCAUGGAACCUCUGAUUCCGGCGUCCAGCUAGAUAUUUUCCAGCUUGUAGGAGUACCACUGGUUGAAAAUUGUAUGGCCGGGUUCAACAGUUCUGUGUUUGCAUAUGGACAGACGGGAAGUGGAAAGACAUACACUAUGUGGGGUCCUGCAAAUGCAUUGUUGGAUGAAAAUUUAUCAAGUGAUCAACAAGGCUUAACUCCUCGUGUUCUCGAGCGUCUUUUUGCUCGCAUAAAUGAGGAGCAAAUCAAGCAUGCUGAUAAACAACUGAAGUAUCAGUGCCAGUGUUCAUUUUUAGAGAUUUACAAUGAACAAAUCACAGAUCUUUUGGAUCCAAAUCCAAAAAGUCUUCAGAUAAGAGAAGAUGUUAAAUCAGGUGUCUAUGUUGAAAAUCUCACAGAGGAAUGUGUGCGCAACAUCAAAGAUGUGACUCAGCUUUUGAUAAAGGGGUUGUCAAACAGGAGGACUGGUUCAACUAGUAUCAAUGCUGAGAGUUCUCGCUCACAUACUGUAUUUACCUGUGUUGUUGAAUCUCGGUACAAGAGUGUGGCAGAUGGAAUAAGCAGCUUUAAAAGUAGUAGAAUAAAUCUUGUUGAUCUAGCUGGGUCAGAGCGCCAAAAAUUAACUGGUGCAGCUGGGGAACGUUUGAAGGAAGCAGGGAAUAUAAAUCGAUCACUCUCACAGCUAGGGAAUUUGAUAAACAUCCUCGCUGAAAUUUCUCAGACAGGAAAGCAAAGGCAUAUCCCCUAUAGAGACUCCAGGUUGACAUUUUUACUUCAGGAAUCUCUUGGGGGCAAUGCUAAGUUAGCAAUGGUAUGUGCUGUUUCUCCAACACAAAGCUGUAAGAGUGAGACUUUCAGUACGUUGAGAUUUGCUCAGCGUGCCAAGGCUAUCAAGAAUAAGGCAGUUGUUAAUGAAGUAAUGCAGGAUGAUGUGAAUCACUUGCAUGAGGUGAUACGCCAAUUGAGGGAUGAACUGCAGCGAAUCAAAGCAAAUGGGAAGAACACAGUUGAUACAAAUGGAGGUCAUUCGGCGGCAUGGUUUCGUCAAAGCUUGAAUGUACUGAAGGCUAGUCUUAAACGUCCAAUGAUGUCAUCUCAUAUUGACGAUGAUGGUGAUGAGGAGAUGGAAAUUGAUGAGGAAGCUGUUGAGAGGCUCUGUGUUGAAGUGGCUAACCAAUCAAUCCACACACCUGGAAGUGGUUUUGUCACAGAACAAUGUUCUGAUGAUACAGAUGUUAAGAUGGAAGAAGAAAUAUCUGAUGUUCCUCAGAAGCACACAUCUAGAGGUCCUGAUGAUACAAAUGUCAAGAUGGAAGAAGUUUCUGGACAAGAAGAUGCCAUGAUUGUUGAUUCUGUUGCUGACGCCCCAGAUAUUACAGGUUCCUUCAUCUGCAAAUUGCUAAAUGAAGAGUCAGCCAGUAAAAAAGUACACGAUGACUCCCCAUGUGAAGCUUCUGAACCUGCUGGUGAAGCUUCAGUUGCAGAUGUGCCCAAUAUAUCACAUAAUGGCUCAGUAAAUUGUGUUUCUCCAAGCCUCAUGAUAGUUCCAUGUGAUGCAGCCCCAAUCCUAAAAUCUCCUACUCCCAGUGUUUCACCCAGGGUGAACACCAGCAGGAAAAGUUUGAGGACAUCAUCAAUGAUGACAGCUUCUCAGAAGGAUCUUUUUGAUGGCAGUCAAUUAAGCCCGAACGCCAUGCACAUAUCUGCUGAAAAACCUGAAAAAAUAAGCUCCUCUAUUGAGCCAUCAGCUCAGACAUGUAAGACGUUUUCAGCGCCAGCUGAACAGUUAGCAGCAAGCAUCCGCCAUGGCCUUGAAAUUAUUGGUAGUCAUCGCCAUAGUUCUGCUUUGAGGAGAUCCUCAUUCAGGUUUUCACUGAAACCUUCAGAGUCAAGGCAGAUUUUGCCAGUUCCCAAAGUUGAUGCUGGUGUGCAAACUGUUGACGAGUUGCCACAAGAAGCUUCAAUGGACUAUAUUUGUAAUAAUUGCAAGAACAGAAUAGACCAAGAGGGUAAAGAGGCUGAUGAGCUUUCUAAUAUGGAAUUAGUACCUGUGGAUGCAUCAGAGCCUGCUGACAAAUGCAGGAUGCAAGUUCCAAAAGCCGUAGAGAAGGUGUUAGCCGGAGCCAUCCGCAGAGAAAUGGCAUUAGAAGAUUUAUGUGCCAAGAAAACUUGUGAGAUAAUGCAGCUCAACCGUUUGGUGCAGCAGUACAAGCAUGAGAGGGAGUGCAAUGCUAUUAUAUCCCAGACAAGGGAGGAUAAGAUUCUUCGCCUUGAGAGCCUUAUGGAUGGUGUUUUACCCACUGAGGAGUUCAUGGAAGAAGAGCUACUGUCCCUCACACAUGAUUACAAGCUUUUGAAGGAGAAAUAUGAGAAUCAUCCAGAGCUUUUGAGGACAAAGAUCGAGUUGAAAAGAGUUCAAGAUGAGCUGGAAAAUUUACGUAACUUUAAUGAAAUGGGUGAAAGAGAGGUGUUGUUGGAAGAGAUUCAAGAUUUAAGAAGCCAGCUACAGUAUUAUGUGGACUCUUCAUCCACAUCAUCCCGCAUACGAAACUCUGUGCUGCAGUUGACCUAUUCCUGUGAGCCAAAGUUGGCCCCUCUUAGUACAAUUCAAGAAUCAACUGAGGAAAGUGCUGAGCAGAAACUUGAGCAGGAGAGGAAACAGUGGACUGAGGUAGAGAGUACAUGGAUUUCUCUUUCUGAGGAAUUAAGAACUGAACUUGAGGUUAGCAGAUCAUUAGUUGAGAAGACAAAGCAGGAACUAGAAACAGAGAAGAAAUGUGCCGAAGAGCUCAAGGAAGCAAUGCAAUUAGCAAUGGAGGGGCAGUCGCGAAUGUUGGAACAGUAUGCAGAUUUGGAAGAGAAACAUAUGGAACUUCUUAUAAGGCACCGGAAAAUCCGAGAUGGAGUGGACGAUGUAAUAAAAGCAGCUGCUAAGGCAGGAGUUAGGGGUGCUGAGUCCAAGUUUAUAAAAUCUCUCGCUGCAGAAAUUACAGCACUGAGAUUAGAAAGAGAGAGAGAGAGGAGAUAUCUUAGAGAUGAAAAUAAGGGGCUUCAGGCUCAAUUACAGGAUACUGCUGAAGCUGUACAGGCUGCAGGUGAAUUGCUGAUACGACUUAAAGAAGCAGAUGAGGCUGUUGCUAUUGCGCAGAGGCAAGCUACAGAGGCCAAGCAAGAAGCAAACAUUGAGAUUGAAAAUUUGAAGAAAAAACAUGAGAACGAGAUAAGCAGUCUAAAUGAGCUCCUUGCUCAGUCUCGUUUACCCAAAGAAGCGAUCCGACCUGCUUAUGACAACGAGUCUCAUGUGGCAAAAUAUGACCUAGGUGAGCCCCAUAGUUUAAGUGAUCAGCGGUGGAAAGAGGAAUUCGAGCCAUUCUACAAUGGGGAAGAUGGCGAGUUACGAAAACUUGCUGAACCCUCAUCAUGGUUCUCUGGUUACGACAGAUGCAACAUAUAGUAAGGGGACUGCCUGGUCAUCUGGAUACAUUAGUGUAUGUAGGUACUACUAACAGUUUGUGUUAAAUUGUAUCUAGAAUCAGAUUGUUUGAUAAGAAAAUUAAUGAUGUGUUGUAUUCUUUUAUUCCUGGAAACGUUAGGCGAUGCUAAAUGCAUAAGGUGUGACGCAAACAAACUCGAAAUAUAUGUGCUCUCUGUGGAAUCUGUUAUUCCUAUCCAUUCUAUGCAUGUCAUAUUCUUACUGAUGAAAGUUGAGGAUGAACAUGUUGCUACGUAGCAGGGAAAUGGGUCUCUCUCUGAAGGUAUGGAUAUGCCGGAUACGGUGGGGACCCAGCCUCGGAGACAAUGUACUCGGUACAUGAAUACAAACGCAGGUAUAAUGUAACUAUAUGUAUGUGAAUA